AUGGCAGCCUAUUCUAGAGGCUACCUCUCUCCUACUCUCUCCAUAGAGAAUAUUUUCAUAACAAACUUAUGUGGGAAGGUUUUUCCAUUUGAUAAGUACUUCCGGACCCUCCUUGCCUACUCGUUGUCUAAACCGACUCGAGCUCUGCAUGAGCUACUCGCAUUUGAUCGGUCGACAUAG